AUGCAAUACAUUUUUCUAGAGAUCAAAACGCCUCAAAAGACUCCUGAACCAAUACAAUCCAAUACGAAAUAUACUGCCCUUAAACAGUCAUCUAAUAACGAAGUCGAUGAAACAUACAAAUCUAAUGGUGAAGCUUCCACUUCUACUACAGCCUCCCCUCAAACACCCCGUUAUAUACCUGUGACAAUUUUAGAAGAUAGUCAGCCAGUACGGUGUGUUGCAUUUCAUCCUUCUGGACGAUUUUAUGCUGUUGGUUCAAAUAGUAAAUUUCUACGUGUAUGUCAAUCUCCUAGUGUACAGCAUUUAAGGUGA